UCAACAUGAAUGGUAUAUAAGUUGGAUUUUUAAAAGUUAUUUUAGUCUUCUAUUACGUAGAAAGCAUUAAGUUUGAAACAAAAAAGAAAUAGUGCAGUUCGAGGGAUUAUUCCUGUGUUGUAAUACGAAUAAGUUUGACGCACCAUAAGGCGAUUGUAUUAGUAUUUGCGGUCGAUUAUAUUUAAAUAUCAAUUGGGAAAAGUUACGAUCUAUUCUUUAGCAAUCAUGAUAAGAUUAGCAAUAAUCUGCUUCCUAAUUUCGACGAUCAGAAGCAACGAAUGUAACUUAAAUAUUGAUGACGUAAAUCAAUUAAAACAUCUUUUCGAUGAUUCGGAACGUCUUAUGGAAGACGCAACUCGAGGUCAAAGUGAAAAUGCGGUAAUUGUCCUGGGCAAUGUAAGAAGCGGAAAAAGUACCCUAAUUAAUUACUUAAUGGGAAAUGAAUUGCAAGCUUAUCGAGAGUCUGGUAGGUUUCCUGAAAUAAAAAUAAAAAAAUCUAACGAGAAUGUCACAGGACCAGAAAUUGGUGCUGGAUCAUUGUUGGUGACUACAAUUCCCAGCAAAUGGAACUCAAGAAAAACAGAAUUACAGAAUUUUGACAUUUGGGAUACCGCUGGAUUUGAGAACAGUCGAGAUGAAAUGCAAGAUUUAAAUAAAGCCUUUCAUCUUUAUCAUUUGACAAAAAAAGUCGAAUCUCUAAAAUUUAUUUUAGUCAUCGACUUUAAUGACAUCAGGGGUGACAAUAAUCAACAGAUUUUAACACUUUUAAGCAUAUUAGAAAAAUAUUUUAAUGGCAUGUUUAAACAUAUUUUUCCAAGUAUAUCAGUAAUUAUCUCAAAAGCACCUAAAGAAAUUAUAAAUGCUUUUCCAAUCGAUGAUGAAUUUCUCAAUUAUAAAUUAAGUACAAAUUUAUUAUCAAGUUCAGAAUUGGAUAUACCCGAAGUUUUAAUUGACUUUAUACAUCAUGUAAUAAAUAAUAAUCAACGUGUAGCCUUUUUCAGGAAAGCGAAAACAUUAGGGAGACUUACAUCUUAUAUCGAUGAUAAUAUUAUUCCAGCUAUUAAUAACUGCAAGAGCAUAAGCAAGGAAUCUCACCAAAAUAUAAGUUUUCCAAUUUCAAAAAGAUUAGAACUUUGCCUGCAAGUCACUAAUGAUAAUUUACUGAACAUGAAUGAUUUUACAGCUUUAACUUCAGUAGUCAAUGAAAGGUACAUUAAAAACUACAAUUAUUUGAAUAACACGUUAGACAGAGGAGUAUUAUUGCAAAAUGAAACCAAUUUUCAAGAAAUCUACAAUCAUCUUAAUAUUUCUUCAUUUGUUAAUUCUAAUGCAAUGUCGAAAAUUGAAAUUCUGGAAAACAGUCAUAAUACUUUUAAAAACAUAAUUAAGGAGAUAAAUUUCGUGAAUAGAAUCAGCCUAACUGAAUUUAUUGAUAGUAUCAUUAAGACAAAAAAAAUAGUAAGAAUAAAUAUUUUAUUGGAGACUAUUCUUCAAUUACUACAUGACAGAACAUCAAUAUUAAUUUCAUUAUGUCAACUUAAGCUAAACAAAAUUGAUACAAAUCAAUUUCACAAUAUAAUGAUGGAAAUGAAAACAUCGCAAAAAGAAACAAUUGACAAAUUGAGUAAAAAAAUAGAAAGGGAAAAAAUUCCUAAACAUGAAGAAAGCUUUUGGCUAAAAGUCGUAUGGGCUUUUACAGAUGCUGCGUUUCUUCAAUAACCUAACUUGUGUAAUUAUGAGAUAAACGAAAUAAUUGUAAACUAAAAGAGGUGGUGUCGUUUACUGUAUCUAAAAAGCAUUUAAAUAAACAAGCAUUUAAACAAACAAACAAUCAUUUCAAUAAAAUAUCCAUCACAUAAUUUAA